AUGAGCCUCGUGGAUCUCCUGUCUGUCGGCAGGAAUGCAGGGGCCCGGGCCCUGGGCUGGCCUGUGUUCCUGUGCCCUGCGCCGUGCCCCCGUGCCCUGGGACUCUGCCUGCUGCCGGCACAUCCAGGCCACAGCAAGCUCCACGGGAAUCCAGGCCGGGAGACGUGGCAUCCUGCAAGGGGUGCCUGGGGUGUGGGCACCCUGGCCCCUGUGCCGGCAACUGUGCAUAGGAUCCAGCGUUUCCUCUUGGAUGAAGGUGCAGGUGCUGCGAGUGUGGAGCUGGCGGCACGGCGAGGGCUGGCAGUGCCCCGCCGCCAGGGUGAGGCCGUGGGCAUCGCCCUCCUGCUGGAUCAGGCCCAGAGGGCCCUCCCUGCACCGGGCGCUGGAGGCCAGGAGCUGCCCACGGCUGGCCGUGUCCUCCACCAGGCACAGCAGACCAGGGAAGGUACCGCCAGGGCCCAGGGCCGAGCGCAGGGCGUUCAGGGGGUGCUGGCUGAGGCGGGAGCUCACACCAGGGCUGCAGAGCAAGGGCUGCAGGCGGCCAGACGGACACUUGGAGGCCCGGAGGCCAGUGUACAAAAGGUGGCGGGGCGCCUGGCCCAGAUGAUACUGGCAGCGGAUGUGACCCCGGACCCGGGGCUUCUGUCCAGUGCAGCUGUGGCUCUCAGGACCCGUGUGGCCCUGUGCCAGCAGCAGGCCCAGGAGGCAGAAGAGCAGGCAGCACAUGCCCUGGGCUUGGCUGGGGGCCUGGGCAAGGUGAGACGGGAGCAGUGGACAUUGGGGUCGGGGGGGUCAGGUCUGGCCCUGCUCCAGGAGCUGCAGGCGGCCCGGGCAGGUGUGGUGGAGUUGCAGGAGGGCAGGCGCAGCCGGCUGGCCACAGUGCGGGACGCAGCGGAGAGGGUGCAGCGGACACGCCGAGGCCCAGGAGCUGCUGAGAGCCGGGCAGAGCGGGAGACUAGGGCCAGCGCCCCUGGCUCAGGGGACCCGUCCCCGGGGCUGGAGCGCCGCCUGGUGCAGAAUGAGCAGACCCUGGGCAAGAGGGUGGCCACGCUGUGGGCCCUGGGGCGGCGGGCAGCAGCACUGCUGGGGCACCUGCGGCUGCCGGCCACCGCCCACGCCACCUGCUGA